GAGGUUGUUUGUUUUCAUUCUUCUGAAGCCCUGAUUCCAAAAAUAUUAAAAUGAUGCGAGACUUUACGAGCAUACUGAAUAUAAUAUUUAUCAUCAGUGGUGGUGUAUUAACAUUCGUGAUUCUGUUCAUAUUCGCCAAGCGACAAAUAACUAGGUUUGCCCUUCGAUCGAGGAGAGGACCCCAUGCCCCUAUAGGGACAGCCGCGAAGAAGUGUCUGAAAAAAGAAAUAGAGAGGCGCAUAGAAGCAGUGCCUCGGAUUGUGUUUGAGCCACGCCUGCUGUGUACAGAGCCCUCUCACUACAUACUGGAACCUCAGCAACCUUACCACUAUCGAUUCAGAGCUGUGGAUGAUGUUAAAACACUAGAGGAAGAAAUAGCUAACCAAGACCCUGGACUCCGCCGCCACCCGCGUGAGUCUCUCCGAGCGUUCCUGCUGUCGUCUCUCGCGGCGCCACUGGACGGGCGCGGGCAGAAACUCGUCCAUCAGUUCUGUGACGCAUACGAGUCCGCGAGACACCAUCCCGCGGAGUUCGGGGAGGACGAGUAUAGAGCUUACACUCGCCUGCUGCUCAAACUGCUGGACGCGGCGCGCCUGCUGAAGAGCGUGUCGUGCGUGUCGGCGGGCGCGCGCAGCUCCCCGCAGCGCCGGCCGCGCCUGCUCGACCCCGCGCGCCUGCGCCCCGCCGCGCGCCCCGCCCACUACACCGCCCUCGAGAACAUGCCCAUAGAAACUAAAAUGGAAGACGAGGUGAUCCGAGUCCCAGUGCGGAGCCCUACCGAGCCGCUGGUGAAGGCGCCGGCGGACGAGACGGCGCUCUGAGCACGCGCCCUGCGCCAGCCCGCGCAGACACUGUAGCAAGCACAACCACAUGUGACUUGGACAGACGACCCGUGUGACAGUGAUAUUGUGACGAGUGGCACUGAUAAGUGAAUUAGUUACAAAGAUACAUUUAGUAAAGACAAAGUGAAAAAUAUAUUUAAUGGAUGCCCACCUGACGGUAAGCGGAACAUGUCAAAAAGAAGAAGAAGGUCAAGAUCACAUCCUGCAAUUUGCCGCCCUGUGCCCAUCAACCAAGCCCUUCAAGGAACACAACAUUACUACAGCAUACACAUGCUGCUUUGCAUCAAAAAUAAACAUUGUUGUAGUAAUUCCCACACGAGCUCUGUCACAAAUAGCUCUACUACUUCUAAAGCAGCCCCUUGGAUAAUGAUGGGGCUCUUGAUUUGUAAAUAACAUUAAAAAUGCGUACAUGGUAGUGAAAUGAUAGCGAUAUAAUAUUACGAAGUCAACAUGAUUAUUGAGAACUUCUGUAAAUAGCUUAGAUUAGAAAGUGUAAUAAUAAAUAAUUAUUUAUAAAUGUAUUUAUUACAAUUUUAAACAGUUUUAACUAAAAAUUAGAUUUUAUCUUGCAAUCUAUUUACAAUGUCAGAUCUCGUAUAAAUAACUUAGGACUAGUGAUUUACUUUGAUUGUACAGAAUAUUUUGAACAAUUCGUUCACAAUUAUUAUUUAACUUAUAGGAAGCCAUGUUUGUCGUUUACAUAGUAUACAAAGUGUAACAGAAUUACGAAAUAAUAUUGAAGGAUGUAUAAGUAUAUUCCAUUAGGAAUAACCCUGUAAAAUAUUGAAUCAAAAGAAACAUUUAUUUUUCCUUACAAACGAAUUCAAAACAUUGAUUUCUUAUGACAUAUAUGGUAUCAAAGGUACCUACACUACACGACGCGUACGUAAUAAAGUGUAAGGAGUCACAUGAUUUUAAUUUGGCAUGUAGUAAAAACUAUGGCAGUGGUUUACUAAAAAAAAGCCUGUGAAGUAUUAUAUCGGUUUUCAUUUACAUUAUUGAACCAUGGUCAUACAAGAUUCUGAUAAUUUUUACUUGUUUAUGUAAAAUACCACUAAACAUCAAAAAGUUUUUAAAGUGAUAUAUGCUUAUAAAUAUUAAAAAAAAAGCCUUUUACAUAA